AUGUCCUUGAUCUCGUCGGAAUACUACUCGCCAUUACCACCACUUCACCACCGGUGCCCAUCGAAAUCUCCACCGAUUCGUAUGGGGAUUGGGGUGCUUCUGUUCUAUAUUCCUUAUUAUUUGAUUCAGUUGGAUUUCGCCAAUGGAGAAUCGGUAUCUCUUUCUGCGUCUUCAACUGGGGAUGCAUCUGUUGUAUCGGACAAGGCUUUCUUGAAAAGAUUGUGUGAUUUUCAAUUGAAAGAAAGUCCAGACCAGUGGCUGGCGCCUCCUCACUUUCUAGGAAGACCAAAAUGGAGGUCUUUCCCAAAGCUGAGGUAUCCACAGUUCUAUUGGUAUUCGUCCACAAGGAAAGAAGGAAGACAACUGAAGAGAAUGAAAGAGCAUCGGGAGAUUCUUCAUCACCAGAUAAAUAGAGUGCUUUGGGGGGCACUUCUUCCUAAGUGGAAGACGAUUGAGUCAGAUUGGGCUCACUUUUCGAGCUCAUGUUCACUCCUUUUGAUUGGAGUAAGCGUAGGAGCAGCAGUUGAUUCUUCUAUCAUUGGAUUUUCAGUCUUGGAAGUGGUGAAGCGAGGGCUGGGGCUGGGGACAAUGGUUCCAUCAGGCGCAUCAAGCUCGGAGGGGCGAGUCAACCAAGCGCCACUAAGCGUGUCGGAUCUCACAAAGGCCACCUCGUCGACCGAAACUGGUAUCAUCAUCUAUAAAGCCCCGAGCCCGGGUGGUCCGGUGGAAAUCUUCGAGAUUCCCGAGAGCCCUUCCAACCACGUCCCUUCCUCCCCGGGACCCUCUCGGCCGGUACCUCCUCUUCCGGCCCCUUCCGGCCCAGCAAGUUCGUCCUCGUGGACGGAGGAUGCAUUUGAACUGCGGGUCUUAUCAGAACUCUUUUCUGAAACGGAAAUGGAGGGAACGUCGGUGAAUUCUUCGAUCCCAAUGGUGGGGCAUGAUGAAGCCCCAAUCCUAUUUCCGGAGGAAGCGGAGGAGAAGACAAUUGCAUCUCAUGCCAAUCCGACUCACGAUCAAGGUGCAGUAGCUCUCACACACAUCGAAAAAGUUGUGUCCAGCCUCCGCAAUUGGCCUCUCGUCCAAAGCCUCUGCACCAGUACAUUUCUCCUCGUUCUUCUCUCCUCGCUUCCCGAUUUCCGAGGCCAUUCGAACGCAGGAGUUUUUUUAGUCAGUCAACAACCUCGCUAUGGUGGCUACCAAAGCCCUGCUGUGUAUCAAAGGCGAUUGGCAUAUGGAAAUUACACAAAUGCAGGAUUGCAGUAUCCUAUGUCUUGCAGAGCCACCCAGGAUUUAUCUCUGGUUUCUGCAAAUGCUUCACCAGUGUUUGUCCAAGCUCCUGCUGAGAAAGGCUUGGCCAGCUUUGGUAUUGACUUUCUAAUGGGUGGAGUUUCAGCAGCUGUGUCAAAAACUGCUGCUGCCCCUAUUGAGCGUGUGAAACUUUUGAUCCAAAACCAAGAUGAAAUGAUCAAGGCUGGCAGACUCUCUGAACCUUACAAAGGAAUUGGAGAAUGUUUCAAGAGAACAAUUCAGGAGGAAGGUUUUGGAUCUUUGUGGAGAGGAAACACUGCUAAUGUCAUCCGUUACUUCCCCACUCAGGCUUUGAACUUUGCAUUUAAGGACUAUUUUAAGAGACUCUUCAACUUCAAGAAGGACCGUGAUGGCUACUGGAAAUGGUUUGCUGGCAACCUUGCAUCAGGUGGUGCUGCUGGUGCUUCAUCCCUGCUCUUUGUGUACUCCCUGGACUAUGCUCGUACCCGUCUUGCAAAUGAUGCCAAGGCUGCCAAGAAGGGUGGUGAGAGGCAGUUCAAUGGUUUAGUUGAUGUCUACAGGAAAACCCUCAAAUCUGAUGGUAUUGCUGGUCUUUACCGUGGAUUCAACAUCUCAUGUGUUGGUAUUAUUGUGUACCGUGGUUUGUACUUUGGAAUGUACGACUCUUUGAAGCCAGUGCUCCUGACUGGAUCAUUGCAGGAUAGUUUCUUUGCUAGCUUUGCUCUUGGUUGGCUUAUCACAAAUGGUGCUGGACUUGCCUCCUACCCAAUUGACACAGUUCGCAGAAGAAUGAUGAUGACAUCUGGUGAAGCUGUGAAGUACAAGAGCUCUAUGGAUGCAUUUGCUCAAAUCCUGAAGAAUGAGGGUGCAAAAUCAUUGUUCAAGGGUGCUGGUGCCAACAUUCUUCGUGCUGUUGCUGGUGCUGGUGUGCUUGCCGGAAGUUUUACCGUCCACAACUAUCUCCACCUCCUCUCGACCUCUGCCAUUCUCGCCAGUCUCUUGAAUAGCAGUACCUUGAGAACCUCCACUCUCAGGAUCUUCUCUCCUAUCCUUUUUCUUCAGUCUGUAACUGGAAACUUCUCAGGAUCUUCUCUUCUUUGUUCUCUCUUUACUCUUCACCUCAUAUAUGCUUCAAGGUGUCUCACGGUAGGACCACUCUCAACAUCAAUUGCAUUCAAUCCAGCCUUUCACCAGCAGCACGUAUGGACUAGCAGCCUCUUCCUUCUGUGCCCGAGCUUGAAAGAGGCAGCUUCUUGCAUUAUGCCAUCAAGCUUAUUGUCUUCUGUCAUGGCAUCAGCACCAUCAAUAUCACGAGCACGUUCUUUGAGAGAUAAAAAGGGUGGCAAUUGA